AUGGCACCAGCCAAACGAUCGCGACGAGACGCCGAGCAAGACGACGAUGACGAUGGUGUCAGCGUACAACAGGCGCGAUCAAAUCUGGGAAGAGACGAUGGGAGAAAGCGUGCCAGGGUUGCUGUCGACGACGACCGAAUGAUAGAGCCUACACCUCAGAGAGAAGUCACACCAAGCUCCGCAGACGAAGACGAAGACGACGAAGACCGCCGAGAAACGAAUGCGCCACCGCAAACACAAUAUGAACUCAUGCGAGAUAAUGGCUUCAGACAUCUCGAGCACACUGACUGGGAUGACCAACAAGCGACACAGAAGCUGGCGCAGCGCGGGACAAGUCUCGGUAACAAUAUGGUGUCCGAGAGUGGCAUUAUCGAGAGUAUAACUUGUUUCAACUUCAUGUGCCACGAGCGAUUGCACGUCGAUCUAGGUCCACUCAUCAACUUUAUUGUGGGAGAGAAUGGAAGUGGAAAGAGUGCUGUCCUUACUGCCUUGACUCUCUGUCUGGGUGGCAAGGCCAGUGACACAAACCGAGGAGGAAGCCUAAAAUCAUUUGUUAAAGAGGGAUGCGAUCAUGGUAGCCUGGUCGUCAAGAUCAAGAAUGCUGGUUCAGACGCUUACCAGCCCGACAUCUAUGGCGAAACCAUCAUUGUCGAACGUCAUUUCUCCAAGACGGGUAGCAGUGGAUUUAAGAUUAAGAGUGCUAUGGGCAGGAUCAUAUCAACCAAGAAGCAGGAGGUGGAAGAAAUCUCAGAAUGGUACGCACUACAGAUCGGCAACCCCCUAACAGUUCUGUCACAGGACAAUGCGCGGCAGUUCCUCAAUGCGGCAACGCCGGCCCAAAAGUAUAAAUAUUUCGUCUCUGGCGUGCAGCUGGAACAACUUGACAACGACUACAAGAUGUCACAGGACACACUUGACAAGACGCUUCUGCUUAGGGACGAUCUCAAUUCAAAGAUUGACGCGGUUAAGAAAGAGAUGGAAGCGGCUCGUCGUCUUGCGGACACUGCGGCGAAGAACAAGAACCUUCGCGAAAAGGGACGACAUCUCAUCAAUCAAUUAGUCUGGUCUCAAGUCGUGGAACAGGAACGGAUCCUCGAAGAGCAUGAAACAGACAUUGCUAGACGGAUACAAACCAUUGCAGAUACGGAGAUAUACUGUGAUACGACGACACAGGAUCUUGCCAAAGUGGAAGAGAAGCUUGAAAGUGUUCGUCAGACAAAAGAAACACUCGAACAAGAUAGAAAGUCAUUCGACGAACGGAUUGCUAAGGCGACUGAAGUACAUCGACAAGCACAGAAAGGCGAGUCUGAGUUGCUUAUGGAAGAGCGAGAUGCCCACCAACGUUUAAAAACAGUCAAGGAUGAUAUGAAGGCCUGCCAACAGAAGAUCGAGGAGGAAGAACGUCGACUGAGUGAGUCAACUGGGAACGCAAGGGCCCAGAAGGAUAACGAGCUUGAUCUUGCACGAAAGAAGGAAAAGCUACUGAGGGAACAGAUGGAACAGUUACAGAACAGCUUUCCUGAACUUCAAAGUCGACUUGGCGAGGCCGAACAACGCUACAAGAAACUUUCGCAAAGCAAAGAACUCAAACGUAAAGAGAUUGUCUCCGUUGAGCAACAGGUCAGAGAACUCAAGGGGGCAUCUGGAGGCCGUUUUGACGGCUACGACAGGGAAAUCAAGGAUGUUAUUAAGGCCAUUGAGAAUGAGAAUGGAUGGGAGCAGAAACCUGUCGGGCCCAUCGGGGCUUAUAUUCGGCUGUCUAAACCAGAAUGGUCUGGUAUACUGGAGAGAACUCUCGGCGAGGGACUCAAUGCAUUUGUUGUCCGGAGUAAAUCGGACCAAACGAAGCUCUCCAAUUUGAUGCGCCGAUUCAGGCUCAAGAAGCAGCCCCCAAUUUACAUUGCUUAUGGUGGUAGAAUCGACACAAGCAGUCAGGAGCCUGAUCCUGCGUUCGAUACCAUCCUUCGAGUCCUUCAAUUUGAUGACGACGUUGUCAGAUCUCAACUCAUCAUCAGUAACCAGAUCGAGAAGAUCAUCCUCAUUCGCGAUCGAGUCGAGGCUGAGAGAGUGAUGGUCGAAAGCGUCCCUCCGCGUAACGUGGGUGCUUGUCUCUGUUUCCACGAUGGAAGGGGAAAGCGAGGUUGGGGUCUUCGACUCACCAAUCGAAAUGGCUCUGUUGGAACAAGCCCUGUUCAACCGUACACAAUGCGCGCUAGGAUGCAAACAGAUGCCGCCCAACAAGUUCGAAUUCAAGAAGAAAAUCUCAACCACCUGGGACAAGAGAUGGCCGAGAUCAGCCGCGACGAGCGCCAGGCACAACAGGCGGUUCAGCGAUGCAGAUCAGAGCUCGACGGCCAGCGGAAGGAUACCAAGAGAUUAGAGGGCGACAUUCGUAGGACGCAGGCCGAGGUCGAGCGUAUUCAAAUGGAAUUAGAUGCGUUUGAAGGCGUUGAUGAUCGACUUAAUCUUCUUCGAGCUGAGCUCGAGUCGAGGCAAAAUGAGGAGCAUCAACUUGGAAGACAGUAUGGCGAAAUGGUAGUAGCAAGACGAGAUCUUAAAUCCAAGACUGAUCUAGCCCGGGUGAGAUUGGAAGAAGAGAAGAAUGAUAGGGAUGACUUUCAAGGCCGGAUAAAUAAGGUUUCCGAGAAGAUUGCUAUUGUCGAGAACAUGAGGCGAGUAGCUCUUGCGAAGAAGAACGACGCCUUCGAGAGUGUUGACAUCGCCAAAAACGAACGUCGACGCGCUGAGGAAAAGAGGGAUCGACAAGCCGUUGAAGUUGCCGACUUCACAGAACAGGCCAAAGAGACCGCACCGGAGCGUGUUCAUAUCCCAGACGAGGAGACACACAGUAGCAUUGAGUUGAAGUACACCAAAAUCAGGGAGCAACUGAAGCAAAGAGAGGCACGUCUCGGUGCAACAGACCAACAAAUAUACGACCGUGCCACCGAGGCCCGCGAACGAUACGAAGAUGUUAUGAGACAGACCAGGGAUGUUGAUGACACUAUCGCGUCUCUCAAGCGUGCCAUCGAGAGCCGUCUACAUCUCUGGCGCCAGUUCCAACGGCAGAUCAGUGCGCGUAUCCGUAUUCAGUUCAACUACCUCUUGAGCGAGCGAGGCUUCCGAGGCAAGAUUGACUUAGACCACAAGCACCGCAAGGUUGUUCUUCAGAUUGAGCCAGACGAGACGCGUAAAAGCUCCGCUGGUAGAAACACCAAGACUCUCUCAGGUGGCGAGAAAUCCUUUUCGUCUAUUUACACUAACAUGUGUGCUUCUAAGGUUGAUGCUGCUCGUCGAUCAGUCUCGCGACAGUAUAUUCUUAUUACCCCUAAUGCCAUUGAAGGCCGGGCACGGCUAGACAAGGAUGUGAAGAUCAUUCGGCUAACGGAUCCUCGACAACGGACACUCGAAACUUUCCAGUAA